AAAUUAUCUAUAUUUACAGUUUUACAUUUCUUAUCAUCCUAUAACCAAUGCAAAAUGUUAUAUUCAUAAUAAGUUCAGUGGCUGCAAUAACUAGGUACAAUAACAAUCUGCAUAGAAAAAUAUACACUGAGAUUUCUAAAGAUUUAACUUCUCCAAUCAUAGAAAACUGAUGAACUUUGAGGGGGGUUCAAACCCUCAGCUCGGAUUAUUUGCUUCGCUCCUGUGGCUUGUUUGGCGGGGAGGCACUGAAGCUUUGUUUACUCCCAAUGUAUUAGCCACCUCGUGUUAUUACGGACCAGGGAAGCUAUCUGCCCGGUGAUUGGAGAUAAUAUAGAGGCAGGAUACUGGUAGGCCUUGGUGAACAUCUUGCCUUGGUUGGUGAAGUGUCAGACUAGUGUUUCUGUAAGGAUGCGACAGAACUUUGAUUCCCCUGUAAAAGCCUUUUGUGCUUAUUUUAUUCUGCAUUCAGUUAUUCCUGUUGGUUUGAAAAAUACAUCUUUGUCCAUUGCUGUACCAGGAAGAUGCUGGAACACACAAUACUUCUGUUGUGGACAUUAAGCAAAAGUUUGGCUUAAGACUGAAUGAUGCCAACUUCUGAGACAGAAAAUGAGAAAUCACUUUCCAGCAUCAUGGAAGAACAUCAGCUUACGAAUGGAAGCAGUGGAGUGGCACUGUGUGAAGACAUGUUUGAUGAAGAUGAUACACCCUUGAUUAUUGAUGAAAGCUGCUUGCCACAGGAGAACAAUCAUGAAAAGUUAACAGGCAAUGAAACACCAAAAUUAAAAGCAAAAAAGAAUGUGCAAGAAAUGACAGUCUUGUAUCCUUGUCUGGAGUGUGGGAAGAAGUUUAGACGGAAAGCUAAGCUUCAGGCUCACCUCCUCACCCACAAGUCCAAAGAGGAGAUGGAAUGUGAGAAUUGUGGAAAGAAGUUUCGCAAAGUUGAGUUAUUAUUUGAUCACGUGUGCAGUGGUAUUGGCAACAGCUAUAAGUGUUCGGACUGUGAUGAAUGUUUCAGACUCAAGAGAGAUCUUACAGUUCAUCAGCAAAAACACAAGAAAGUAUCCACUUGUGAUGAAGCAUUGGAUGACAAGGGCUCACCUGAAGAUUUGGAUUUUUCCUCCUUUGUUGCUUCCUUUGUAAAAUGGCCCAUCUCAUGUACUCACUGUGGAGAUGAGUUAGCCAAUCUUGAAAACUAUAAUGUUCAUAUGGCUGCUCACAAGGAGGGGCAGCCUUGUGUCUGUGCAGUGUGUAAGAUGAAGUUUUUGUGCAGAGACGACUAUUUACUUCAUAAAGACCUUUGUCAUAUAGAAGGAAUUUUUGAGUGUACACGUUGCAGUAAGAGAUUUCAUACUGAAAAGAAGCUUGGUGAGCAUUUGGAAACACACUGUGGGGAGGGAACAUGUUGUGAUGCUUGUGGACUAAAUUUCAUGAGUAAAGAUAAGCUAGUGUCUCACAUGAAAGUUCAUAAAGUGAAUGUAUUUGUGUGUGGAAAGUGUAAAAUAAUAUUCAAAUGUAACAGUUCUUUUAAGAAUCAUACAUGCAGUAUCCAAGACAGCAGUGAGAAGAAGUUGUAUACAUUUGGAGAGUCUCUAAAGAAAAAAGUAAAUGAACAUUGUCUGAUUUCAGCAUCAGCCAUUGAUGAAAGUGAUAGUGAGGAUGCUGAUCUCUGCCAGGUGAUUAAUGAAUCUCACAUUUGUAAGGUGUGUGGGGAUUCGUUUAAGCAGAAAGAUGAUCUUAAAUUACACCUUACAAAUCAUUUUCAAUGUAUAGAGUGUAAAAAGUAUUUUAAGAACCAAACUGAUUUGGACAUGCAUGCAUUUUUGCUUGCAGAAGAAAAGGUUUAUUCAUGUUGUCUGUGUGAGGCUAUUGUGCAUGGUAAGAAAGAGCUUGAGUAUCAUCUGUCUCAGCAUUUAGGAUCAGAUGAUGUGCCAGUGGAUGAUUUAGAAUGGGAUGAUAACACUGAGGGUGUUCAGAAUGUUAUUCCUAGUUUAGAUUCUACAGAAUCCUCACAGCCCACCUUGUUGGAAAAUUCUGUUGGAAAUGUUAAGAUCCACAAAGUUGUACCAGCUGGCAAUAAUGCGUUGAAGUGUUCAAGCUGUGGAAAAUUUGUCCUUUUGAACCAUAGCUUCUCAUCACAUAUGGAAGCAAAUGCACCAGUAACUGAUUCAGAUGAAGAGUUUAUUUAUAUCUCCAGAUUGGGAAGUCCACAAAAUAAAAACAAGCAGAAAGAGGAAACUUACUGUACAUGUCACUAUAAAUUAAAUGUUAGCCUAAGUGAACAGAAUCCAAGUAAAUCUCUCAGUGAAUAUGAAUGCCAAGAGGUUCAGAAGCUGAUAAGUGCAUCUCAAAUAUCAACCCAUUUAUUUCUACCUAAAUCAACUCAUGAGUCUGUUGACUCUAAAUCAGAAUCAUUCCUUAGUGAGGUUACAGAAGACAACUCUUUGGUGCAGAUGGAUGUAAGUAAUGAUAGAAGAGGAAAUUCUGAUGAACCUGAUGACUUUGAUGAAAUGUUAAAGCCUGAGACAGAGGCAAACUGUAAGGCAUCAUUAAAUUCCAAUCAAUUGCUAAAUGGAGAUUCAACGAAGAGUUCUGCCUCAAUUAUCUCAGACAAUGUAGUAAAAAUAGAUGGUAAGAAUAGAUGUGAGAACCCAAAAGUGUCUUCACAAGAUUCAGAAGUAUCAUCUAUUAAAAGAACUGGUAUUAAGGUAAUUAAAGUUGAUAAAAAUGUUGAAACUUUACCUCAGAAAACAAAUAUGAAGGAAAUUGUAUCGAAUAGUAACAUAGGAAGUGAAAAUAUACCAAUUGGGAAACCUGUUAGAAUUUUAGUCUCAACAGGAUUAUUUGGAGCUUCUGGCCUCAAUGUUACAUCACUUCCUGUAGUAAAUAACAGUGAGCUAAAGAAAUCUGCAUCUUCACCAAAAAAUUCUGUUACAAAGAGAUCACAACCUGAAAUGAGUCUUGUUAACCAAGAGGAAUUAAUUUUGCACUCUCUUACGGGAGAUGAUAUUAGUAGAAGUUUCCCGGAGACUCCUGUAUCCAUGCCAAAGAAAAUCAAGCAAGAAAAAUCCAUUAAAAAGGUACUACCUUCAAAGCAUAAAGAUAAGACAGAAUUCAUUGCUUCCCAGUCCAAGGAUGAUUCAUUGAAGCUUUCAAUCAGCAAAAAAUUAAUUACUAGCUCUAGGCCUCAGAAAGUUAAAGCUGAUAAAAGAAAAAAUGUAAACAAGCAAGUAUUGAAUUCUUCCAGUGUUACUGAAAUGAAGGAUCCCAAUAAAGUAGAUCCAAUGCUGAGACCUAGAGGUAAAAGAGCAAGACCAUCAAAGAGAAGGCCUCCAUUUAGGAAAAGUGAACAAAGAAUAAGUAAAACAAGGCCAGAUGUUUCCACGUCAAAUACUAAUGGUAGUGAGCCUUGUCAUGUUCCUGAGAGCAACAUGAUUUUCAAAGUGGAACAGCUUGCUUAUGAAUCAGAUGAUGAUGAAGAGGAGGAGGAGUCUCUUGAUUUUAGUGGAAUUAAGAAGGAAUUCCUUGCCUCAGAUGUUUUCAUUAAGGAGGAGGAAUGGGAUAUUGUUGACUUUUGAGUAAGGUUUAUAUGAUGACGAAUUUACCUUUGUAGUAUCUGUUAUUAUAUUAAAUUAAUGAUGGGCAUAAUUUUAAUGCAUUAUUAUAUUUCAGUUAAGUUGCAUAUGUGCAAUUUGUGUACCAGUUUUUCUGGUUUGUUAACAAUGGAUAUAGUGACUGAAUUUUUCACAAUUUUGUAUAGUUUAGUUAUUCCUCUGGAGUUCAUCAUGUUUAUAGCAAGAUAAUUUCUAAGGUUUACCAUGACUUGACUUUUAUAAAUUUUGUUUAUUAGUAUUUUAUUUUAUGCUAUUAAUAAUUUAUUUCUGUGAAGCUUUUUAAAACUAAUUUUAUGAUGAUUUCCUGAUAUUCUCUUUGCUUCAGCAAUUUGGAUUUCAGUGUGUAAAUGAUUAUUGUUAUUUACAAAUGUUGGAUUUUACACUUUUAUUUAGUCUAUCAUGUUGAAUCUUUUCAAAACCUGUAACUUACGAGUUAGGCUUGAUAUUUUUAGGCAUGCAGUUUUAUUUAUGUAGAAGUGAAUGUAUUCUGUACAUAACUUGUGUUUUUGUUUUGUGAUACAGGAAGCAGCUUUAUAUUCCUUCAUUGUAUGACUUCAAAAGAAAUAUGGGCAAAGAAGUGGAGUAUUUGUACAUAUAUAGAUGGUAAUUGUCCUGUAAACAGUGCAAAUUUAUAGAACUAUUUUGUGAUUACAAAAUCAAUUUGAUAAUGAAAUUUUUUUUAGUACCUGAAAGUACAUAGCUAUAUUUAGUUUUUUGGACAGAUUAACAAAGAUUAAGAUUGUAUCAUUACCUUACCAUAAUAUUUCUAGUGUCAGAGUUGCAUUUUCCUUCAUUUUAAGCAGCAAACUAUACAUCUGCUGUCACCAUUACAAUUUAUUGGAUUUUAUGGAUGGAUACUUUUAUUCAAUAUCUUGAAGUAUUUACUAAAAGCUUCUUUUUCUGAUUCCAUAUAUUGUCAAUCAGAAUUCCUUCUUGCUUUUUUUUUCUUUCCCUUCAAAUGCCAAACUCCAUUAGAACAUACCAAUCCAGAAAGUUGUCUCAGGUCAGUUGUGUGGAUCACUAAAUAUAGUAUAUUAUGUACAGCAUUAUGUUCUCUGUUUUAAUAAAAUACUGUGCAUAGUUAAGUAAA